AGAUCUAGAGACUCCAGGAGACGAUGCGACACUCAGCCUGAAAAGAUUUGGAAGAUCCAAAAUGAAAACUGAUUAUUGAAUGAAAUUAAAACCUAAGGUAAUUUAAGAUUAGAGAACCAUGUUAACACUACCGUUUGAUGAGUCUGUUGUAAUGCCAGAAUCCCAGAUGUGCAGAAAGUUUUCUAGAGAAUGCGAGGACCAGAAGCAAAUUAAGAAACCAGAAAGCUUUUCCAAACAGAUUGUCCUUCGAGGAAAGAGCAUCAAAAGAGCCCCGGGAGAAGAAACUGAGAAAGAGGAAGAGGAGGAAGACAGGGAAGAGGAAGAUGAAAAUGGCUUGCCCAGAAGGAGGGGUCUUAGAAAAAAAAAGACAACCAAGCUGCGACUCGAAAGGGUCAAGUUCAGGAGACAGGAAGCUAAUGCGCGGGAGAGGAACCGGAUGCACGGCCUCAACGACGCGCUGGACAAUUUAAGAAAAGUGGUCCCCUGUUAUUCUAAAACCCAGAAACUGUCCAAAAUUGAAACUUUACGACUGGCCAAAAACUACAUUUGGGCACUUUCAGAAAUUCUAAGAAUUGGCAAGAGACCCGACCUGCUCACGUUCGUCCAAAACUUAUGCAAAGGUCUUUCCCAGCCCACUACAAACUUGGUGGCUGGCUGCUUGCAGCUCAACGCCAGGAGUUUCCUGAUGGGGCAGGGCGGGGAGGCUGCGCAUCACACCCGGUCACCCUACUCCACUUUCUACCCGCCCUACCACAGCCCUGAGCUCACCACCCCCCCGGGGCAUGGAACUCUUGAUAAUUCCAAGUCCAUGAAACCCUAUAAUUAUUGCAGUGCGUAUGAAUCCUUCUAUGAAAGCGCCUCCCCUGAGUGUGCCAGCCCUCAGUUUGAAGGUCCCUUAAGUCCUCCCCCAAUUAACUAUAAUGGGAUAUUUUCUCUGAAGCAAGAAGAAACCUUGGACUAUGGCAAAAAUUACAAUUACGGCAUGCAUUACUGUGCAGUGCCACCCAGGGGUCCCCUUGGGCAGGGUGCCAUGUUCAGGUUGCCCACCGACAGCCACUUCCCUUACGACUUACAUCUGCGCAGCCAAUCCCUCACCAUGCAAGAUGAAUUAAAUGCAGUUUUUCAUAAUUAAUGAGGAAAAUGAAAAUAAACAGUGGUCAUUCACCUCCCCCCAUCUAAUUAAGACAAAGCAGAUGCUUGUGGGCUGAGUAAUUGGCACAACUCUAUCUAAGGUGUUUCCUAGUUCCUGAAGUGUGUUUCAACUAUUGUGAGGGUUUUCUAGGUAAUAAUAAACCUCUUUUCUUAUGAGAACUCCUUUUCCUUUCCUUUUGUCUGUAAAGCACUGUGAUUC